CCUACGACGCAAACUUCAGCUCAUCUGCUAGAGCUGCGCCGGUUGCUGAGCUAUGAGCGAUGAUGCUGAGCCUGCAGCUGACACAGAGGCCAUGCGAGUAGUGCGUAUGGUUUCAAAGGCAGAGCAGACCAUUGGAGGCUCUAAUGGACUUGAGCCCACAGCUGCACCUGCAGAUAUGGUCCCUUCGGAUAAUGGCACAGCUGAGGCAUCCAAGUCAGGGCCGCCAGCACCUGCACCUGUUGUGCAAUCAGGGCCCAGUGCAGAGAAGAUCAAAGCCAUUGAGGAGUUGAAGGCAGCCAUCAAGGCCGCAGCCGCCAAACCCAAGGCAAAGAAGCCAGAAACCGAGGAGCUAGUGGGGCUUUGCCAGUGUGUGAAAAACUUGGCUGGAAGCAGCGAAAUUUUCGCAAAGGUCAAAGAAAUCUUGCCCAAGAUAGGGGAGAGCCACCUGGUACCACUAAUGGGCAUCAAACGAGCACCACCGCGACCACAGCGACCCGCUCCUGUGGAAGCAAAGCCCAAAGCUUCAUCGUCGCAGAGGGUCAUGGGCCGAGUGAAGAGCUACAACACGCGGAAGGGCUUUGGCUUCAUCAUGGUGCCGGAAUUUCCGCGUGAUGUCUUUGUCUACAAUUCGCACCUCAUUGGACGCAUAGGACUUUUGGCGGGCGAGGCUGUGGUUUUCGAUUUGGUGGUCGAGGGUGGUCGUCCACAAGCCCGGAAUGUGAAAGUGACUGGAGAUGCACCAGCGGAACAAGAAAAUUCGGCCGAGAAUCUGGCGACCAUCAAGAAGGUAAUAGCAGACCAGAUGCCUCAUCUGCAGCCAGCACCAGGCGGAGGUCAAUCCAUGCGAGACUACACCCUGGCCAUGGCUGCUGCUGCUGCAGAAGUACCCACCACACUGCCCGGUGCUCGUGCGUCCAAGAGUCCGGAAGACCUGCUGCAGGAACAGAUCCGCAAGGCUCAGUCUGAAGCCUCCACCCGCCAGACUGCCAGGAAGCCCGAGAUGGAGAUGCCGUCGGAGCCCUGGGAGGGCAACAUUCCAAGAGGUAGCAAAGUUCGUGUUGUGGAAUUUCCUGCGCCAGACAUCAAUGGCUGCACUGGCACAGUAAAGGGCUAUGAUUCCACUUCUGGACGCUACCAGGUGGAGGUAGAGUCGCUUGGUGGUGAGAUCGUCCCAAUGUCGCUCCGGGAAGAAUACAUGCAGGUGCUGGAGUCUCCAGCGGUGCAGGCUCCUGCUCCAACUGUGCCGAUCCAGCCACCUCCGCCUUUGCCUGGAGGCAGCAACAGCCAAGGAUUACAAAAAUCAGCCGCAGAUGCAUUGAGGCGCUUUGGAUUGGGAGGUUAUGGGCCACAGCAAGGACAGGGUCAGCAAGGCGGCAACUGGAUGGGAAACCAACAGAUGCAAGGUGCUAGCCUGCAAGAAACUGCUGCGCGCCAGCUGCAGGCCAUGCAGCAGCAGCAACAGCGGCAACAGAUGGCUCAGGCGCAGCAGCAAGGCAUGCCCAACAUGGGGAAAGGCAUGGGAAUGAUGAGGCCGGAUGCGUCUGGCAUGCCCGGCAUAAUGGGUGCUGGUGGUCAAUUUGGACCACCUGGUGGUCCUGGUGCCAACCCUCAACCUGGUGCCCCUGGACCCAACCCUCAACAGGUAAGGCCGCCAAUGGACAUGAUGCGUGGCCCCAACAAGCUUGGACCAGAAAUGGGGAAUCAGCCUUCCCAGAUGCAGAUGCAGCCACCACCAAUGCCUCAGCAGCAAGCUGCCCAACAAAUGCAGGCGCAACAGAGGCCAAUGCAAGGUCAAAUGCUGCAGCCAGAUGACAUGCAGCAGCAACAACAGCAACAGCAGCAGCAACAGAUGUUGAUGCGACAGCAGCAGAUGCAGCAGAUGCAGCAGCAGCAACAGCAGCAGCAACAGCUGCAGCAGCAGGGACGCCCUGACGUGGAUCGAAGGCCUCCAGGACCUCCAGGCCCUGCAGGCCCACAGGGACCGCCUGGACCACCCCCGAUGCCUGCUAUGCCCAAGCAGUCCCGGGCCCCACAGCCGCCGCCAAAGCCUGCGCCACGGAAGCAGACAGAGCUCAGCCCAGGGUCCACUGCCCCCGAAGGUCGCCCCGGUCAGAUCUGGGUUGUGAUGAAGAGCCCGCACUUCAGCCACGUGAUUGUGCGAGCCUCACAGGAAGUGACAAGUCGGGAGCUGCGCCGUGUGCUUCCUGGCGAGGCCGUUACCCAGAGAGAUAUGACUGAAACGCUCCCCAACGGCCUAGUGAGAAUGCCCGCCCAGAGCUUAGGCCACAGAGGCCCAACCGUGGCGCAGACCUCGAAGACGCAGCAGUUUGAAGAGUUUUCAAGACACAUCGUUGCGCAGAGCUGUCUCUUGCCGCCACCGCCUCCAGGCGACAGGAAGGCCACAAACAUCGGAGUUGGUUUGCGCAGCAGAAAGGCAGGAGCAGAGGGGGAAGAUGACAAUUUGACGACACAGAGACCUGACUGGAAGGCUGAGAAGAAACAGGGCAAAGACAAGAGCAAGAACGGUGAUGCACAUCAAAGGAAGAGACCAUUCGAUGACGGAAGCAAAGAGGCUUUUUUGGAGGUGCUUCUCUAUAUCUUUCGCACAGCAGAUGGCAAUGCCGAGACUUUGCUCAUUGUGCGGGAGCGGCUGCUCGAGGGCGCAGAGGUGCCGGACCAGAUGAAGGGCCUUCGCAGUAUCAUUGUUCCAAACUUGGGAGAUCGCAAGGGUGGCCGGGAGCAUCGGAAGCAUCGAGAGCGAGAGCGGCCGCAGGCGCAGGAGGCGGAGGACGAAGACGAGCGAUAUGAUGACCCACCCGUUCCACAAAGCCGCAGUGCUUCCAAGGAGGAGGUUUCUACCAGGGUGAGACCUGCGGUUGAGCGUCCCAAGCCUCCUACGCAGGGUCCGAAGGUGCAAUGUGUGAACAAACCACUGAAAUUGGUUGGAGUGGAUCGCAGCCGUCUCGUCACAGAGAAGGCUCGAGGUACUGCCUUUCAAGGCUAUCUGGACCUCUCUGGGGAGCACGCUGAGUGCUUGAGCACUUGCAAUAGUGCCACAGAGGAGCCCGUGGCAAUUCUUGUGCUGGAGAUGGACAAUGUCUUCAGUUUUUUCAUGGAGAAGGCAGUGACCGUGCAAGUCUCCAAACGAGCCAGACCACAAGGGACACAAAGUUCCCACGGAAGGAGUCUCUCCAUGGGAAGGCUUACUGAUGCAAGUGGAAGGCUUGCUGAUGUUGAAGCCUCCCCCAGCGCCCGCAGUGAUGCCACCAGCGGCCUGGCUGGCAGCGGCUCCAACUUGGCGCGCGAGCGAGCGAUCAGCCAGUCCUUCCGGGUGGAGGACCACCGCGUGGCCCGGCUGCGCGGGUUGCUGCGCGAGGCGCUGCGACUUUGUCCCGACGAUGGGGCACGAGAACACCUCCUGGCCGCGCAGGCACAGAUUGAGGAGUACGCGCAGCAGGAGGUGGAAGAGGAUUCUGGUCCGUUGAGCUGA